GUGACAGGCUAGCAUCAGAAAAUAUCCCCGGACAGACGCGUCUGCGCACUGAUAUCUGCUGCCGGCGACUGCAGGGCGACUCAGAAAGAUGGGGUCCCGAAUAAAGGAGAGCCCAGAGUCGACCUUUGAGGUGUAUCUAGAGGUAGCCCAUCCAGGCUCACACAGCUCAGGGCCAAAGGUGCGAAGGCAGUUCCCUGAGGUCUACACAGACCAGGAAACUCUUCAGACCUUGCCCAAGUUCUGCUUCCCCUUCAGCAUGGACAGCCCAACGGUCACCCAGGUUGGCCAGAACUUCACAUUUGUAUUGACUGACAUUGAGAGCAAACAGAGAUUUGGCUUCUGUCGACUGUCCUCAGGUGCACACACCUGCUACUGCAUUCUCAGCUACCUGCCCUGGUUUGAAGUGUUCUACAAGCUACUGAAUAUCCUUGCAGAUUACACAAUCAAAGGCCAGGAAAGCCAAUGGCAAGAGCUCCUGGUAUCACUUCAUGUGCUACCCAUUCCUGAGCCAGGGGUCCCUGUUCAUCUUGGUGUGCAUUCCUUCUUUACUGUGCCUGACACGAGGGAACUCCCGAGCAUACCUGAGAAUAGAAACCUAACUGAGUACUUUGUAGCAGUAGAUGUCAAUAACAUGCUUCAUCUGUACGCUAGUAUGCUUUAUGAACGUCGAAUCCUCAUCUGCUGUAGCAAACUAAGCACUUUAACAGCUUGUGUCCAUGGGUCUGCAGCCAUGCUAUAUCCCAUGCACUGGCAACAUGUUUACAUUCCUGUCCUGCCUGAACAUCUCUUAGACUACUGCUGUGCCCCAAUGCCAUACCUCAUUGGAGUGCAUUCCAGCAUGAUGGAGAGAGUUCGAGGGUUGGCUCUGGAUGAUGUGGUGGUACUAAAUGUAGACACAAACACAUUGGAAACUCCUUAUAAUGACCUUGAAAGCCUGCCCAAUGAUGUGGUUGUAUCUUUAAAAAGUCGUUUGAAGAAGGUUUCAACAACAACAGGGGAUGGAGUGGCUCUAGCCUUCCUCAAGAGUCAGGCAGCUCUGUUUGGCAGCUACAGAAACGCUCUGCACAUUGAGUUGGGAGAGCCAAUAACUUUCAAUGAAGAAACAUUUGUGAAUCAUCGUACCAGUGCCAUGAGACAGUUCCUUCACAACGCUAUUCAGCUGCAGCUCUUCAAACAGUUCAUUGAUGGGCGUCUAGACUUGUUGAACUCAGGCGAGGGUUUCAGUGACAUCUUUGAGGAGGAGAUCAACUUGGGCGAAUAUGCAGGAAGUGACAAGACCUACCACCAGUGGCUGUUCACUGUAAAGAGAGGCGGUGGUGCUAUCUUCAAUACAGUGAAGACAAAGGCAAACCCAGCCAUGAGGAAUGUUUACAAGUUUGCCAAAGACCAUGCAAAAAUGCGUAUUAAAGAAGUCAAGAGCCGGCUAAAGCAGAAGGAGCAGGCAGAAAAUGGCUUCUCUACAGGAGUGUCAUCAGUCAUCAAUGAUGAAAGCUCAACAAGCAUUGUCUCCCCUCCCAGUGGAGUCAGGACGGAGGGUGCACAGCAAACCUGGGAUGACCACAGGGCAAUCACUGUGCACUUUGGACAGGCUCAGCCACCUGUGUUGUUGAAAAGACCAAAAAGCAAUCUGAGUCUGGAAACCAGCCUUGAACAGCCACAGCCAUACCACUCCCUGAAGGAAGGAGAGUUGAGAGAAGGUGAUGAUCCUAGUAUUGGGGCUGAGAGUCGCACUGCUCCUCCCAGCCCAGUCAAUGAGAAAUUAUCCAAUGUCAACUUGCUUGGGGAUAUAUUCAGCUGCCAAGAUGAGCCUGACAUCCAACCAAUUACCUUGGCUAAAAGUCUUGAGGACCUGAGGACUCCCAAAGACCCAGGGGAGCUACAAGCUACAUUUACUUACCAGCGGAUGGACCUGUGUGUCGAUGAAAACUCUCAAACAUUUCCAGGCCUCAAGCUCUCUAAGCCUUAUAAUAAGCUAUGGAGUACAGGGCCGUAUGAGCCGACCUUGCCCAUUUGUGCACCUCCUGCCUGUGAUGCAGGUGCAUUUAUACAACUUCCUGUGCAGACAGAAGCCCACUCCCCAAGCCAUGAAAGCUCUGACCUGGGUUCUGACCUUUUCAUGCCUUCCACCCCUGGCAACAUUACCAUCCCACGUCCCCAUGGAAGAAAGACACCGGAGCUUGGUUCUGUCCUUGCACCCCCCAUGGCCCAGUCACGCUCUAAAGCAGCAGAAACUGGUGAAGGAAGGACUGCAUUUGGGGGGAAAGAGUUUCGGCAAGCUCUGAGCAUGACCACAGAUGGAGAACUGCUGAAAUCCACCAACACAGCUGAGGGCAGUAUAGAUCUGAUAAGCCUGCUUGACCCCCUUAAUAGUUCAGCAAAGAUUGACUCCACUUCACUGAAAUAUGGUGGAUGCAUUGGCAUUUCGCCAUCUUCCUGCAAACCAACACUUCCACCAAGGUCUUACCCACAGGGCUUACCUAUUUUCCCAAUGCAUCCUCAAAUGUCACUUAACCCUUUUGUCCAGUCUCUGCAACCUACCUCCCCUCAAAUGCAUUAUUCAAUGACUGCAAGAAGGAAUCCCUUCAGUACAGUGUGUGGGCCUCCAGUAGGCUCCUACUUACACUCUCCAACCCAGCCACAGUCCAUUUCUACACUAUCAGGGCUUUACAGACAGCAUUCGCCAGGCAGUUCAACUCUGCCACACAGCUAUGGACUGCUCCAGUCAACCUUCUCCUCCUCAGAAACCUCACUGCUUCACUCCUCUGCCAGCAAUCAUGCCCUUUCCAACCUGGCAGACUCAAUGUCUGUCCCUAGUACAGCUAUGAACUUGGUGGUAAAGCCUCUUUCUUCAGAGGCAGACAGCCAGAAGAGUCGGGAUCCUUUUGGGGACCUGAUGACUAUGGUCAAGCCAGCUACACCCCCAAAAAAGAAGGUGGAGGACCUUCGGAGGAGGUGGGAAACGUUUGACUAAAGUUUGUUAAGGUGCCCUCUCUGUAACUACACUAACUUCCCUCACUAUUGGAUCCAAACCUAUUGCAUUUACUGAGACAUUAGCCAUAAUACACUCUGUUCUGCUUACGCAACUCAUUGUCAUAGAAGAAUUAGAGCUUUACCUGGCAUGUAACACUUGCUGUGGAAUGCAACUUUAAAGUUUUGUAAGAAUUGUCCUAAUCCUCAAUUCUUAAAGGUUUGUUUUGUAAUCAAUGUGAACUCAUGCUGGGUAAAGAAAAAAAGAGUAGAUGACAUCAUAUGUGCGUUAUGCCAGUUUAACUUCAGGUUUAUUCUCAAUAUAAGUAAUUCAGCAAGUCAGAAAACAUUGUUUAUGAAUUGUAAAGUAGUGUCUACCAGAAAUGGUAAAUACAAUACUUAUAGGCAUCAAAAGCUAGAUGAAACUAGUCAGGAUUAAUAAAGCUAACUAACAUUGAAGGGAAAUUCAGGUAGUAAGUAGUUGCUGUUGCCAACUGUAUUAGACUGAUUUGGCAAAGGGAGACAGGGUGUAUAUGGCUCUUAUGAACAUGUAUGUUUUUUUUCCAGUGCAAUCUGAGUUGAUGGUGCCUGAACAUCUUUCUUCUGAUGCUGUCCAUUUGGCCAUGGCAUCCAGAGAAGCAACACAGAGGAAAACUAUGUUAAUUUUAAUAUCUGAGUUACUGAAGAAGUGUAAAAAUUCUCAGGGUUCAUUAUGAAACUGUAGUGGGUCAAACACUGUCAAUACAUGGUCAUUCAUUGUCGUCCAAGACACAUUCACAUUGACACUGCUAAAGAAAUGUGGACACAUAUGUCCCAGUCCACCUUAUAAUGGUCUGAAUGAUAGGAUCUUGUUUUUCCGUUGUGAAUGUGAGCAUAUACUUGUCCUCAGUGCAUCUUGGGUAUGUUUGCCUGUACUUAGAGCUCUCCAUUGUGAUCAGAUCACUCAGGACAGAUGUUAAUUCAAGGUCAAAAUGCGAUCUCUGUUUGCAGUCAGUCAGUAGUUGCUAUGUCAGAGCAACACCUUGGUGCAAUCCAUCUGAAGUAUGUCAGCAAUAUUUGAGCAAACGCCUUACAAUUUGGAUUAUUUAAUUAUCUCUUAAUGUAGAAGUUUUACGUAUUAUUGGGAAGUCUGCCUUUACUUAUGUGAAAUUAAUAUUGUACCAACAAAAAUGGAUUCAUGGGAAACUAUAGAUCUACUGGACAUGAUGUAAAUGACAAAAGUUGCUCAUUAGUGCAGUUUUACCAUGUAAAAUUACUUUGUUAAAUUACUAAAUAUAGCAUACCAAAAUGAAAUGUCUCAGCACCAUCGUUGCAUAAUGUACAUUAAUUUGCCCCCAAUGAAUAAUAAAGUCAUAAUCUUAUACAGACCUCUUUUUCCUAUAUAAUGGUAAGUGGUCUGCAUUUAUUUAGUUCUUCUCUAGUUUUUAUGAACUCAAAGCAAUUUACAGUCCAGGUUUCCCACCUUCACACACAAAUUUACAUGUGAAGCACUCUUUAUUAAGCAUCACUGGUAAAAUGCUGGCACAGCUGUCAGUGGCAUUUUGGGGUAGAAUAUUUUACCCAAGGACAUUCGGAAUGAGGGAGACAGGGAUCAAAAUGCUGUUAGUGGAUAACUUGCUCUACCCCUGAGCCCCAGCUUCCCUCUGAUUAAUACGCUCCACUAUUAAAACAUCAUGCCAUUAAAUCAACCUUUACAUCUAGAAAAUUCACAGAAUCAGAUUCUUGACAAACUCUUCCAAAAUCUUAAAAUAGAUAUAAUCUUAGAAUAGAAUGUAUUACAAUUUUGCUAAUUGGGACACACAUGUAUAAUGAAAAAUAUUUUUUUAACAGUGAUUCGUGACUUUUGCUGCAGACUGUGAUUUCAUGAUUUUCGUCUUUUCUUGUGUGGAGUGACUAAAGGGUACAAAUGUGCAUUUAAAUCAGAGUUAAUGAAUCAUUCUCCUCAACAGAAGGCCCUUGUUACGUUGGGAGAAACUGUUGUGAUAAAACAAAACACACACAAAUACACACACAGCUUUCCGCUCCACUAACAUCAACAGAAAAAAGAAAUGUGUGUCUGCUGAACACUGCUGAAUUUGCACACCAAGAUAACCUUGCUUUAAGAUGUUCAGAUGCCAACACAAUUCAUUGCAUAGCACCCUCCCAUGUCUUCUGUCUUUAAUGCAACCACUUUCGCAUAGUGCUUAUUAUAGUAUCAGUAUAGAUUUGUGAUUCAAAAUAGCACACAUUACCUACUGAGAUACACUCACAACAACAUUUGUCUUAUUGAUGUUGUACAAUUACCAUGUCUUAGUAAUCUGCUGUAGUCAUUUGACUUCUUAAUGGCAUUAGGAUACCGGUUCAAAAUGUGGUAAAUCUCAUGUUCUGCAUUUAAUCACCUUUUUAUGUUUUGGUUAAUUUAUGCACAGUUCUGUUGUUUUUGGCCUCCCUACAUUUUUACAAAGAAACAUUUUAAGAAGAUCUUCAAACAUACAAUUGACUGUAAUGUCCGCCAAAUUAUUAAAAUCUUUAGGGAUGCGUUCAUCUGUGUUGCUGCUAAUAUAUGCACAUAUCUGCCUUAGUCAAUUCUUUCUCUGUUUGAUGAUAAUGAUGUUUAAUAAGUUACACACGCAUUAAGCAUUGUGAUGUCCAUUGUACAUAGAGUAGAAAUAGCGGUUCUCACAAUUUUGCCACCAGUUUCUAGUUCAGCUCAUUUUGACUUUAACAAGAGAAAUCAUGUAGCUGUCACAUCUUGUCAACCUUUACUGGUUUCCAGGUGAUCUUGGAACGUCUAUGUGUGGUGAAUGCCAAAAAGUCUUAAUCACUUAUAAGGUUCUGUACAGGUAUACUUGCUGUUGUAUCAGUAUACAGAUGACAUCUAUUCUAAGACUGAUUAAAGAGUGGUGACUACUGUCCUAUAAGACCUAAGUUGCUUAAAAUAGAAAUCUUUCUCAUAAUAUAUCAGCUUAAAUUUUACAGCUGACUCGACACAGCGCCUAUCAUUUCCCUGCUAUAAUUCUUCUAAUGACAAUGCCCAUAAGUUUGAGUCCAGAGAUGGAAGUGCAUCUGGAAAGUUUUCAAACCCUUAACAAAUUUUCCACAUUUUGUUGUUCAGACUCAUCUUCAAAUGGAUUCACUUAAUUUUUUUUCUCAUGAAUCUACAACUGUGAUUCCACAAUGACAAAGCAAAAACUGUUUUUUGGAGUGUUUUGUAAAUUUAUUAAAAAUAAAAGAGUGAAAUAUUCUAUUUACAUAAGUAUUCAG